AUGGAACCAAAAACGAAGACUAUCAUGGUUAUCGGGGCGCUGGCUGCUGAUCGCAUCACGGUCGCGACCCGUGUUCCAGAUGCAGAGGAAAGUAUGGUAGCAGAGCAGUACGAGGAAGCCUUGGGGGGCAAGGGCGCAAUCACUGCGCUUUCGGCAUACCGGUCUUGUCACAACAAAGCGUCGUACCACGAGGGCGACGGCGCCAUUCGGGUCAAAAUGAUCGGCAAAGUCGGCGACGACUUGAGCGGAAAGAUGGUACCAAACACACGAACAAACAUCUGCUCUGCCACAAUCGAAGAAUUUAGCCGCGAAAGUCAAUGUCUCGCUAGCCCGGAUGCAACGGCAGCCUGGAAGAAGAGAGAUUUCCUCAAUGCUGGGCAGUUCCGGUGUAUGACUUGGCAGGACUUGAUCGUUGCGCAGAUGAAAAUCGAUAAGGAGGUCGUUGAGGCUAUGAUCCGCGAUGCUGGUCACGCUGGCGUCCUGUUCUGCUUGAGUGCGGCGCCGGGAAGUCCCAUCAAUUCCAAUCUCUAUCGAUCCAUUACGCACCUUCUGGUCAACGAGUCUGAGGCUGCGAUCAUGUGUAAGGUGAAGCGAAACGACGUGAAAGAGAAGACGUGGCUCAAGAUUGCCGAGAAGUUCUUGAUGGGCGGGGUCAAGAACGUGGUUAUUACGCUGGGUGCAAAAGGUGCGUUCUACGCCAAUGCAAACGGAAAAGUUAACGGGCACUGCCCGGCGUACGUCGUCACGGUCAAGGAUACCAUGGGAGCAGGGUGUGUCUUCGCUGGGGCAUAUGCGUCUGAAUAUUUGCGCCAGGAUGAUUGGGAUAUCAAGAGUGCUGUUAUUCGCGGGAACAAGGCUGCUGCGAUAGCAAUACAAAGCUCUGGAGCACAAGAGGGCAUUCCUUGGGGGGAUGAAAUCGACAAGUUUGAGGCACCUUUACAAAAGGAUGAGCCCUCCUCUAAAUGUAGGGUCAUGUAGAAAGCUUGGCUCGUUGUGUUUGGUCAGUCUCGUCUGGUGAUUUCGCCGGGAGGCCGAAGCUCGUCAGUGACUCGGACUUUUCCCGGCCGGCGAAUUGCGGAGGGACGGGGCUCCGGUUCCGGCACCGGUUCCGGAUGGGGUUCCAAUCUAUCGGAAUCUACUUAAAAGGAAU